AUGCCAUCGCCCACUGAAGGAAUCGAAGGGACAGAGGAAGUAAGGACGCAAGAUGCAACUGCGGCCUUCACGCAAGAGAUGGAGGUGGAAACUCGAAUCGCAACUGAAACGCGGGAGCGCCCUGGGGGAGUUGUGACCGGUGGGGCGGCUUUUUCCAUGUUGGUUGUUAGAUGCCAGUCAAGGAUUUCAGGCAAGAUGAGGUAUCGAGUAGUAUGUAAAGGCCUCUAUGAAAACUUGCUUCACAUGGUUCCUUUAUAG